AUGCCCAAGGAGCUCGUGAACCAGGACGAGUUCCUCACCCGCCUGACGGCCGCGUUCGCUUCCCCUUCUAGCGCCAUCUGGCUCUCGCACAAGCGCUUCCCUCACGACACCGAAGGCGACGCACGCAUGGACCCCGAGGACGAGCACGAUGUUCUUUUGAGGUGUACCCAGGGCGAGACUAAGUUCAGCGCUAGGGUGCCCGCCUCCUCCCUCCCAACCUUCCACGCCGCGUACGGAGCACUCCUCAAGGCCUCGAUGGCACCUCACAUGCGCAAGCGCGACAAGAAGAAGGAGCGUGCGCGCGCCGACGCCGCCGCUUCUCGCCGGCGUGAGCUUUACGUGGACGUGAACCUCGCGAGCAACGCAGGAAAGCGCGGUGCGGGCAGGAGGCAGCGCCAGCGCAAGGUCGCUGCUCAGAAGAAGAAGGAGGCCGAGAGGGAGAAGGUCGAGUUGCGCGAGAGCAAGCAUGCCGCUGAGGCUAGGGACGAUUAG